CAGCCAUCUCUCGUCGGGUGCUUAUCACAGAUUGAAAAUGUCGCAAAUACAGCAAUUCUAUGCUGGGCAAAACGUUUUUAUUACCGGGGGUACCGGGUUUUUGGGCAAAAUCUUGACGGAAAAACUGCUCCAAAGCUGUAGAGACAUCGGGACCAUCUACAUCCUAAUGCGGCCGAAAAAGGGCAACAGUGUUCAGGAACGCUUCGAAGCGUUUCUCGGUGAUACGGUAUUCGAUGUGUUACGGAACGACUAUCCGGAAUUUUCGAAGAAGAUCGUCGGAGUCGAAGGUGAUACCGCCCAGAACAAACUCGGACUUUCGGAAACGGACUACGCACGCCUUGUCGAAGAGGUUUCGGUGAUCUUUCACCUAGCUGCCACCGUGCGUUUCACAGAGCCCCUGGAGAAGGCUGUCGCAAUUAACGUGAACAGCGUGAAACACGUGAUAGACAUUGCAAGGGCCUGCAAGAACUUGAAGGCUGGGAUUCACGUGUCCACCGCGUUCAGCCACUGCGUCCGGAAGUCCAUCAACGAAGAGCUAUACCCUCCACCCAUGAGCCACGAAGAGAUCAACAUGUUAGUGGAAAUGCUCAAGAGAAUCGAGGCGCCGGGAAACCUGACAGAAAUCACGGGAGAAUGGCCGAACACGUAUUGUUUCACCAAAGCUAUCGCCGAGGGAGUCGUCGCUAACUACGCCACUGACCUACCUUUCGCUAUCUUCAGACCGUCAAUUGUGACAGGGGCCUACAAAACCCCCAUCCCAGGAUGGGUUUCGAGUCCCAUAGGAAUUUCGGGCAUGAUAUGUGUCUGUGGCCUGGGUAUCAUACACGCCGUUUUGAUCGAUACCAGUACCAGGCUUGAGGUUGUCCCGGUCGAUUAUGUUUGCAACGCACUUAUCGCUUCAGCUUGGAAGAUCGCAAUGACGGAAAAAAGAAGCCGCGAGGACGUUCCGGUGUACAAUUACGUUUCUGGAAAUGAAAAUCCUAUAACUUGGAAAGACUUUGAUAAUAAAGUCAGAGCCGUCGCAAAAACUCAUCCAUUCGAGCAAGCUGUUUACUACCCCAGCGGAUACGCCACAAAAUCAAGAUUUCUGUACACAACCCUCCACUUUUUUCUUAAUUUGCUCCCAGCAGUGAUGAUUGACGUUGUUCUGCGAUUGAAGGGACAACAGCCGCGAAUGUACAAGCUCGUGGGUCAAAUUUAUGAGGCGUUUAACGCAUUGGAGUAUUUCACCACGCAACAGUGGGAUUUCGACAAUCAGAAGAUUCAAGCGCUCUGGGAGCAACUUGGGUCCGAAGACAAGAGUAUAUUUCCAUUCAGUAUGCAAACCGUCGUUUGGGAUGAAUAUGUCAUAAAUAUGAGCAAAGGCAUACGCAAGUUCAUCAUAGGUGAUUCCGAUGGAAACGAAGAGAGAGCGAGACGGCGACAGCGACGACGCAAAGAGUUACUCCGGUACCGCAAUAGAAGAAACAUGUCAGAAAUACGACAGUUUUACGCAGGUCGAAACAUCUUCAUCACCGGUGGAACCGGUUUCUUGGGUAAGGCACUGGUGGAAAAGUUACUCCGAAGCUGUGAAGGAAUCGGAACCGUCUACCUUCUGGUCCGCGAAAAGAAAGGAAAAACUACACAAGAGCGAAUGGAUUCUCUGCUUCUCGAACCGGUGUUCGACGUUUUGCGGACCAGCUCUCCGGACUUUUCGAAGAAGUUGGUUCCAGUUGCCGGCGACGUAGCCUCCGAAGGACUGGGAUUAUCGGCAGAGGAUCGCGAGCGCAUCGUCGACGAGGUAUCCGUCAUCUUCCACGCAGCUGCCACGGUGCGUUUUACCGAAAGACUGGACAAAGCGAUUCCCUUGAACGUCAACGGCGUUAAAUACGUGCUGGACAUUGCCAAAGCGUGCAAGAACCUGGCGGUCGGAGUCCACCUGUCAACUGCUUUCAGCAACUGCGUUCUCAGUAGCAUCGACGAAAAGUUGUACGUUCCGCCAUUGAGCUACAGGGAGGCGAACGACCUCUGCGAAAGCUUGAAGAACACCGAGAUGUCGGAAGGCGACGUCGAAUCCGUUACGAAAUCAGUCUUGAAAGGAUGGCCGAACACUUACACCUUUACCAAGGCGAUCGGCGAAGGUGUCGUCGCCGAAUUCGCUGGAGAAUUGCCGUUCGCAGUUUUCAGACCAUCGAUCGUAAUUAAUUCAUACGAGGAGCCAAUGCCGGGUUGGGUUUCUGGCAUUGCUGGGUUUCCAGCGAUUAUAUGUGCAUCUGGUCUCGGCUUAAAUCACAUCGGUUUCUAUGAUUCUAAUGUGAGAAUCGACCUAGUUCCAGUGGAUUAUGUCUGCAACGCUUUAAUUUCUUCCGCUUGGGAAACAGCCGUCACUAAAAAAAGGCACCAUGAGAAUAUUCCUGUAUACAAUUAUGCCAACGGAAAUGAGAAACCCAUCACUUGCGGCCAGUGUGUAAGGGAUUUCCAGCGUUAUAGUAAUGAAAACCCAUCACUUCGAUUGGUCUACUAUCCUUUCUUCUUCGUAACAACGUCAAGAUUUGUUUUGAGUCUAUUACAAUUUUUUCUGCAUACUUUGCCGGCAUUCGUAAUUGACGGCGUCGCAAGAUUGUUAGGAAAACAGCCGCGGAUGCAAAAGGUUGCGACUUUGUUAGGGAAUGCGUGGAUCACCAUAGGAUAUUUUACCACGAAGGAAUGGGACUUCGAAACUCAUCGAGUUCGGAGCCUUUGGCAACGAAUUGGGCCUACGGACAAGAAGGAAUUCCCUUUCAGUAUGCAAGAAGUCGACUGGGAGAAAUAUUUUAUACGUAUGGCUGGCGGUUUCAAAAAGUAUCUAGUAAACGAACCUCCUGGAAAUGAAGACAAAGCGAAACGACGAUACAUUUACUUUUACAUCGUCCAUUCGAUCGUUCGUCUCGCCUUAUAUUCCUUCGCUCUUUGGCUCGUAUGGAAAAUAUUUUGGUAACACGGCGUUCCGCCUUGUUCAAGAACGUACAACAUGAUCACUAGGUUGACGAACUCACCGCAAAAAGUAACAAAGAAUUUCGCAAUAUUUCGCGUGGAUUGGGAUUACAAGUUGUUGAUAUGUUGGAUUCAUUGACACUAGCCAAGCAACGACCCCCGACACAAGAAACUUAUGUAAAAUCGAAUUUGCUGAUUAGUAAUAAAUUCAAUAUAUUGCAUAA